AUGGAUACAAAGGAAAUAAAGUCCAUAGUAUCAAAUUUGGAAAAGACCACUGACGAUGCCACGAUUUUAAAGAUGUUGAAUGAGUUAAACGACGGAGUAAAGCCUACGGAGAAGUUGUUGAGAGAAACGAAGGUUGGUGUGGCCGUCAACAAGUUUAGAACAAAUAAUAAUAGUGAAAUCAAUGGUUUAGUUAAGAAAAUGAUAAGAAACUGGAGAGAUGUGGUUCAGAGUGAAAAGAAUAGCAAAAAGAAGAACGCCGGCACGCCAUCCCAUUCCAUUGAAGAAAAGAAGUCGAUUCCAAAUUCCACUGAUAGUAAAUUCCACAAAGGUCCCAGAAAUCCCAAAAUAGAUGGCAUCAAUACCACUUUAUAUGAAAAUCCCACUAGAAAUGCAUCUGUGAGUGCUUUAUACACUGCAUUGGCAAUAGAGAGAGACGAUCCUGGAAGUCACAUAUUAUCCGUAGCUAGCGAGAUAGAAACUGAAGUUUACAAAAGUGAAUAUAUGGCCAUUAAUGAUAACUAUAGGAACAGAUUAAGGACAUUCACGAUGAAUCUCAGAAAUAAGAAAAAUCCGGAAUUGAGGCAUAGGCUCUUAAGUGGUCAGAUUUUACCGUCUAAGUUUAUUAAUAUGGCUCCCAACGAAAUGGCUCCUGAAACUUUGAAGAAAGAAAUUGAAAAGUUAAACAAACAAAAUUUAUUUGAUGCUCAAGGAGCCACAGAAAAGAGGGCUGUGACUGAUAGAUUCACUUGCGGCAAAUGCAAACAUAAGAAGGUUAGUUAUUAUCAAAUGCAAACCAGGUCUGCUGACGAACCGCUCACGACAUUUUGUACAUGCGAGAAUUGUGGGAACAGAUGGAAGUUUUCUUAG